UCGAGCAUUCGCGGUCUCCCUUCGGCAAAAAUAUCUUUGAUUCUUCAGGGCCCGGGCUAGGGAAGAAUUGCGGGCCUUUCCUUUCCGGGUACGUGCGACUUUGCCACCAAGAACUUAUUUGAGCCAGAUAGAAAAAUAAAGCGGUCAUCAUAGACACCGGGCGAGCGAUUUCAUGUCGCACGGAGCGGAGGACCGAUGUUGUUGCCGCCCAGGUUGCGCCGGUGGGCAACACAGCGGUAGUACUUGAUUGUUGUCACCGCGAGGGAGUUGAAGAAUAUCGUCAUGCGUAUGUAUCGCACCUAGGCCGGGGCAUCGAUGAUGAUGACUCAUCGCCUCAGUUUUUUUUUUUGGGCGAUGACACAGUGACCUACCUCCCGCGGUUGGAGGUCUCUCUGUUUUCCCACCGGCGCCCGCCGGCGCGCGAUUUUGUAGAAACGCCGGAUUUGUUUGGAACGUGUUCUGCGUGGCGAGCGGCGGUUUUCGCUGACAGUGGCAGGAGGGUAGUCGCUGGAGUGAAAGAAAACACCGACGGUCGGGUGGUGGGUGGUGGCGGAACUUAGAGAGAGCAUUUUUUUCUUUUUGCGCCGCCGCGAAAGUAUGCGCGCGUUUCGUGUGCACGCGAUUGCGUAGUAGAGCGAAAAAGAGAGAAAAAGAGAGAAACAGAGGGUAGAAAAGGGGGGUGAUCAAAUAGAGGAGUGUUGGGUUCCCGCGGCAGAGGUUAUUGUAGCGCCUGAAACCGGGGAUGAAAGCGGGAUGUCCCCGGGGUGCGGGGUUGCGCACAUUGGCGAGCGCCUCUUGCUAUGCCUACUUCUUUUAGAGAUUGUAGAAGCGCACGCACGGCGGGCGGGGUUGCGCGAUGUAUUCAACGAGGGUUGUUAGAGGAGGGUGGAGGAACCGGAUGUGAUGAUGGAUCCCGUUUUUUGAAAGGAAAAGGCGGGUGGGUGCGCAGAGUUUUUUAACGCGACCGAUACCACAAUUUUUGCCUUUUUUUUUUUCUUGUAUUUACUGUCGUUUUUUCACCGAUGCUGGUUGGUGGCUUCGCCGUGGUGUUGAUCUGAAAGAAAUAAUGGGGAACACAUCAACCAGCGGGGUAGUCGAGUGGUGCCUGCUGUCUUGUCUAUAUUGCAUUUUCGGUCACCCUGCGGCAUUUGAGGUACCCUGGGGAUCUGGCUGUGUAAAAAAGAGGUGGGGGGGGGCGGGGGGGGGGGUACCGACCCCUGAGCCCACAUCUCUCAAGGUCUUCGACGAUCACUUGACACAUCGUUAUGCUGGGUGGUGGGUACGGCAGGAUUAUAGCCGACGUCAACGGGCUGAUGUUGACUAUUUUUGGGCGGGGGUUACCCCGCUUCUUGUAUGCACCCCCUUCUUAGAAACUGACUGUGGCCUGGAGGAUAAGGGGUAUGUGUGUUUCAUUCCCCGGGUGUAAGCCCUGGCUUAUUUUUGUUGGUCGUUGGUGCGGUCCAUGCGCCCGUCCAUGCACCUUAGAUAGAUGCGCGUUAUUAGCGAAGCGCUUCGUUUUGCACAGCGAUGGAAUAUCUGCGGCAUAAUUUCUCAAAGAUUACCACCUCUAUUUCGAGGGAUUGGCUGAAUGGAGGAGUCUUUGCGCCAGAAGUGAGGAACAGCUUUGAGUGACAGCCCUCCUGAUUUUUGGGGGACUUACAAUGAGUUGUGUCCGUUGUUUUUUUUCGAGAACGAUACAAAUCAAAUGUCCAUAGACGAUCCAUUGGUACAACAGAGCCCAGCAGGAACAUGUGUACCAGACAGUCACGGUCAGUCUGUUUUGGCCCUUUCCCUAGGUUGCGGUGGCUAGAGCGAGGGGCUGAACCGCUCUUUUAAGUACCGUGGGUUCUCGCUGGGAAACAGCCUGCUCAAUGCGAGAGAGAGAGACUUGGAACACCGCCGAGUGCUGUUACCUCGCAACUAUUACUCGGUGGCCCUCAGAAUGUUGAGACAAUUGGGUAAUGAUUGUGGUAUGUAGCUAACCCCAGGACCAGGUUUUGAUGGUGUAGAAGAGGUGAAAGCGAGAGAGGGGCGCGCUGGCCAGCUCUCCAACACAGAAAACGACAAAUACUCUUUGACUGCUUGCUGCCGUCGUGUGGCUACAACGUCUCUCUCGCGAUGAAAAGUAACCACCACUACUGUGGUGUUAUGAAUACAUUGAUUGCUGAUCUAUCCCAGACUCUGAUCUAUCUGCUGUGUGUGGAAGAAGAGAUGGAUUUGUAGUGUCGUUGUGACCACGGAGGAAAGGCGUCGGCGUCAGUUGGACCAGUACUAUACGGACAUUACAAGGUACUGAGCGCAGACAACAAUAAAUAACAGUAGAAACGUGAACACUG